GCAUAAGGAGUCACUUUGUUGUAGUGGUAUCAAUUUGGAAAAGUCUUAUUUACAAAAUCCAGAAGUUGAAAUUAACCCAAAGAUUUCACGCAGUAACAAAUAAUGCCAACACCAACACCCGUACCUUCAUACAAGCCGCCCAACGAUAUUCAAGAUUUUUUGAAGAGAGAGCAAAGAAAUAUACGCAAGAGAACUGCUGUUUUACCGAAGCGUUCUUGGAUAAAGCGCAAUCCGCGGCUAUUUCAAAUUACCUUUUUGACCUCAUCAUUGAUUAUUUUUUUCUCUAAACCACUGUACGACGCAUUCAUAGCGGAUCCUUUACCCUCGAAGGGUAUUAUACCAGCACAUAAACGUUAAGGCAUGGAAUCUGUACGCAAGGCCAA